AUGAUAAGUAAUCCCGGUAAUGAGGGUUUCUAUGAACAUUUUGGACGUGAACUGCUCAAAAACCUCGAAUCUGAGAAACAACGAUGUGAAGCAGCGAAGAACGAUAAUUACAUUCUUUACACGGUAUCACAUCUGAAUCAUGUACCAUUACCGAAUGAGUUACAUCAUCAGAGCAGUGCGCACAAAGAGUCUGAUCGAUUUGAUCUGAAUGAUCAAACUGAGCAUAAGCUUGCCUUUUGCAAGGAAUAUCUGGCAAAAUCGCAUCGCAUCGUUAUGCUCGGUCAUUCAAUAGGAUCCUUCAUAAUGCUCAAGUGA